AGGGGGCGGAGAGGCGGGAGGGGGCGGGGAGCGCGGCCGGCGGCGCUCGGGUCCGCCUCUGACUGCGGCGCGGCGGGGCGAUGUGUGAUUACCAUGGCGAGGAGUCUCUGUCCGGGGGCCUGGCUAAGGAAACCCUAUUACCUCCAGGCUCGCUUCUCGUACGUGCGGAUGAAAUAUCUCUUCUUCUCCUGGUUGGCGGUUUUUGUUGGCAGCUGGAUUCUGUAUGUGCAGUAUUCCGCCUACACAGAGCUAUGCAGAGGGAAGGACUGUAAGAAAAUCAUAUGUGACAAGUACAAGACUGGAGUCAUUGAUGGGCCUGCUUGUAACAGCCUUUGUGUAACAGAAACGCUUUACUUUGGAAAAUGCUUAUCCACCAAGCCCAACAAUCAGAUGUAUUUAGGGGUUUGGGAUAAUCUACCAGGUGUUGUGAAAUGUCAAAUGGAACAAGCGCUUCAUGUUGAUUUUGGAACUGAACUGGAACCUAGAAAAGAAAUAGUGCUAUUUGACAAGCCAACAAGGGGAACCACGGUGCAGAAAUUCAAAGAAAUGGUCUACAGUCUCUUUAAGGCAAAGUUGGGUGACCAAGGAAACCUCUCCGAACUGGUUAACCUCAUCCUGACAGUGGCUGAUGGAGACAAAGAUGGCCAGGUUUCCCUGGGAGAAGCAAAGUCAGCGUGGGCUCUUCUUCAGCUCAAUGAAUUUCUUCUCAUGGUGAUCCUGCAAGACAAAGAACACACCCCCAAGCUAAUGGGGUUCUGUGGUGACCUCUAUGUGAUGGAAAGUGUUGAAUACACCUCUCUUUAUGGAAUAAGUCUUCCCUGGGUCGUUGAGCUUUUUAUUCCAUCUGGGUUCAGGAGAAGUAUGGACCAGUUGUUCACACCAUCAUGGCCUAGAAAGGCUAAAAUAGCCAUAGGACUUCUAGAAUUUGUGGAAGAUGUUUUCCAUGGCCCCUAUGGAAACUUCCUCAUGUGCGAUACUAGUGCCAAAAACCUAGGAUAUAAUGAGAAGUAUGAUUUGAAAAUGGUAGAUAUGAGAAAAAUCGUGCCAGAGACAAACCUGAAGGAACUGAUUAAGGAUCGUCACUGUGAGUCUGAUUUGGACUGUGUCUACGGCACAGAUUGCAGAACUAGCUGUGAUCAGAGUACAAUGAAGUGUACUUCCGAAGUAAUACAGCCAAACCUAGCAAAAGCCUGUCAGUUGCUCAAAGACUACCUACUGCGUGGUGCUCCCAGCGAAAUCCGAGAAGAAUUAGAAAAACAGCUUUAUUCUUGUAUUGCUCUCAAAGUCACAGCAAAUCAGAUGGAAAUGGAACAUUCUUUGAUACUAAAUAACCUAAAAACAUUAUUAUGGAAGAAAAUUUCCUACACAAAUGACUCUUAGUUCAUUUGGACACUGUUGCCAUUGUAGGAACACCACUUCUGAACAAUUUUGAGCGUUUAAAAAAUAAUGGCUUCUAAUUCAGAGAUCACUUCCCCCAGGCUUAAGUGUCAUCUUAAAUACAUGCAAUUACUGAAGGGCAGGUGUAGGACCAACAGGUCCAGAUUGCAUUCCUACCCCAUUUAGAAGCCCUGUUACAUUUCCCAAAUACAUUCACUGUGUUAACUAUUGACUAAUGACUGAAAUAAUGCUGUGAAAAGCCUCAUUCCAUAAACAUCAAGUGUUUUGUAGACUAUUAGCCAAAUUACCAUUGCUGGAAAUAUUUGCAUUGAAGCUGCUGUUUUAAAAAGAUUUAUACAUAAAUGUACUAAUGUCUUAGCAUGGUAAAAUUUGCACAUUAACUGAAGUUUAAAACUGCGAAGCAGGUAAAUUAAAAUUACUCCUUUACAAACAGA